GUUUUUCACGACAAAGUUAUGUUUUACGAACUUUGUAAAAAUCAAAAUAAAAAAAAAAAAAAAAGAAAAAAGAAAAAAAAAGAAAGAAGAAAACGCUUCGAGCGAACUCGAAUGCGAAUAAAAAGUCUAUCGUCGUACGGCGACGUAAGGGCGCAUGUCCACGAAAGGACAGUAAGUAUCAAGAGUCGAUGAGGGACGCCUCGCUUCUCUAAGCCUGCCUUUCUCUUUAGCGUCGAGCAGUGGUUCAGUUUUCACGGCAACUUCAUCCAGGAACCAUACACAGAAUGUCUUGAAGAAACGCGAGUUGAAACGUAACGUGCGUAUAGUGACUCGUAUAUUUUCGUCUUCUCUCUUCUCUCUCUUUCUAUAUUCUAUAUACAUACAUACAUACAUACAUACAUACAUACAUACAUACAUCAUACAUACAUACAUACAUACGUAUGUUCAUCGUUCGUAUACGAAAAAGAAGAUAAAGAAAAAAAAAGGAAAAAAAAAGAAAAUAAAGAAAAAACGAACAUGUGACAUGUGACUUUGAAAUAUUGCAUCUCUUAUGUGCAUAGUGUUAACGCAAACUAGUUUUAUUAAGUUCGUGAAUUAAAUUCGUUCGUCAAUAAUGCAAUUCGAUUCAAUCGAUUAAAGAAAAUUUUCUCUGACAGCGAGGAAAAAAAGAAAGAGAAAGGGAAAAAAAGAGAAACAGAAAGAGAGAGAGAGAGAGAGAGAGAGAGAGAGAGAGAGAGAGAGAAAGGCAAUGGGCUUGGUAACGUCAUGGUGAAUUCAUUCGAAUUAGAUCGAUCGUUUACGCGUGACUUUUACAGAAACAUACUCGUCGGGGUCGUUGCAUUUGACAGAUACUACACACGUGCUCUUGAGAUAAGCGAUCGUUCCACGUGCCUUUAGAGCGCCUCAUCCGUUCAGUUCACCACGCUGUUUCAACGGUGACACCGAUGCGUGGAUGAAACAUAUAGUAAUAUAUGUAGAUCUAUCCACCUACCUAUACGAAUUAAUUAACUCCAUAAAUUAAAAAGGACGAGCAAAAGUCACUUCUACGCCCACAAUAUUCUCAUCUUUUAUUAAAGAUAAAAAAAGUGAAUUAAUAUCGCUUAGAGACGUCUCCUUUUUGAUGAGAAAAAAGAAAGAAAAAAAAAAAAAAAGAAAAAGAAAAGUGGAAAAUAAAAGGACAUUUCGAGGACAUUUUUAGGCUCUCAUCGAUAAAUCACCGAAAUGUUGCUGGUCCCUUUUGUAUUGGGCUUGGCCCUGCCCAUCAUGGGCGAAUAUAUUCCACCUGGGCCAAGAUUUACGUGUCCUAAGAUACCCACUGAUAUUUACCCUUGUACUUGCGUUCGUGGAAGUGACAGAGGACUAUAUAUUCAUUGCGAAAAUACGAAUUUAGCCAGCUUGAGCCUGGCUUUUGUUAAAUUAGGGAACGAAGGUAUGCCUAUCGAAGAAUUGAUCCUGUAUAAAUGCAAUAUCGGACGUUUCUAUGGACCAGCUCUUUAUCCAUUAGACAUUAGAGUCCUAAAAUUUAUUGAUACACCAUUGAGAUUAAUCGAGGAACACAGUUUUCUCGGAGUGAACAGAACCCUUCAGGAACUUUAUUUGAUAAACAGUCGUCUUGAAAAGUUUCCAAGGGAAGCACUACAAAUUCUAGGAAAUCUUAGUCUAUUGAAUAUCGUUGGACAUCGUAUCGUUAUUUUACCAGGGAAUAGUUUCACUGAGAGUGCCGCUGCCGCGAAAUUAGAAAAAUUAGAAAUCAGUAACGGAAUUAUGUCCUCGUUACCAGUCGAAGCGUUGCAACCUUUGAAAAAAAUGAAAACUUUGGAUCUUCAUGAUAACAAAAUCAAAGAUUUAAAAAGAAAUCAAUUUAAGGGACUCAGGGAUACCGAAUUCCUUGAUUUGUCGAAUAAUCUUAUUGAUAAGUUGGACGGCUCUCAUCUUGCCGAUCUUACCAAAUUGGGAUGGUGUAAUUUUUCUCAUAAUGCGAUCUCAGACUUAAAGAGGGGAACUUUUGCAAGAAAUUCCGUCUUAAAAGUUCUCAAUUUGAGUCACAAUAAGAUCAGGAAACUUGACUCAAAUACGUUCCGUGGCAUGCGUUUUCUAAGACGUUUGUUUUUAAGCAACAAUCAAAUUAAUGAAGUAGGCAGAGGUACUUUCGGCUCGAUCACAAGAAUCGGUACCAUCGAUUUAUCACGGAAUUUCAUCAAGAAAAUCGAUUAUCAAAUGUUUCAUCAGUUACAAUUUGCUGAGCUCAUAGAUGUCUCCGAGAAUUUCGUGACAACCGUGGAGAAAUUAGCAUUCAAGGAUCUUUUCCUGGCGAAAGUGAAUCUAUCGCACAAUGAAAUUGCUACAAUAGAGCCUGAAGCAUUUGAGAACUGCGCCAAUAUUACCUCGCUCGAUCUUAGUCACAACAAACUUGAGAAUAUUUCGAAAUAUUCCUUCGACAGUUCAACGUACGCCACCGAACUGCAACUCAGCUACAAUCUGUUCACUUCGUUGGGUCAGGUACCAUUGCACAACAUGACUGGGCUAAAAAUACUCAAUGCAUCUCACAACUUGAUACAUUCGGUUCCACGUCAAACGUUUCCGAAGCUCUACGAACUCCAUACGAUUGAUCUGUCUUACAAUAAUCUUUCGGACAUACACAAUGGCGUCUUUCAAACGCUCUUUAGUUUACGAUUUUUAAAUUUCUCUCAUAAUUCCUUGGAGAAGAUAAAACCGUCGACGUUCGGUCCAUUGCCGACAUUACUCGAAUUAGAUAUGAGCUACAAUCAACUCAACGACAUAGCACGUGGUAGUCUAACCAGAUUAGCCAGUUGCAGAAGCAUAACCGUGAAGAACAAUCGACUGAGCAAGAUAUUUCAAUUGCCAAAUCCGUUGGGUCACUUGGACUUUUCAGAAAAUUUGCUCGAAGAAAUACCAACGUUGGAGGUAUGGCCUACGAUGAACGCUCUCCUUUCGUUGGAUCUUUCGAGGAAUCGACUAGGCGAUAAUCUUCGGCAUGGGAGCUUCGAAAACCUGUUGACCUUGAGGACCUUGAACCUGCAAGCGAAUAAUAUAUCCAUACCACCGUGGGAAGCCUUGAGUACUUUAAGCAGUUUGCAAUAUCUCUACUUACAGGACAACCAUUUGACACAACUUGGCAAAGCGGCAUUUGGUCGUCUACCAAUUGUAUUCGAAUUGAAUCUCGCUAAUAAUCAAAUUCACAAUAUAAAUAAUCGCGCUUUCGAAGGUCUUCUUCAAUUAUUGACUUUAAAUUUGACAAACAAUAAUAUUACUUACAUACCAAAUGGGGCGUUCCAAGGUUUGGUUUCUUUAAGAACGCUCGAUCUAUCCUACAAUAAAUUAGAAAGGUUGGAUAAUAAAACUCAUGGAUUGUUAGACGAUUGCCUAUCAUUAGAACGGCUCAAUCUUAGUCAUAACAAAAUCUCUUUCAUCACGAGAAAAAUGUUACCCAAUGAUCCUUGGAUUCCAUACAAAUUGAAAGAAGUGGAUCUCUCGUACAACACAAUGCCUGUAGUAACGUUCGAGUUGACCAUCGGUGGAAAAAAACUUCAAUACUUAAAUCUAAGUCAUAACAAUAUCAAUGAGAUACGUCGUUACGUAAUCGGCAAUCUCACAGCACUGCACUCGUUGGAUUUAUCGUACAAUGAUAUCAAUGAUAUCUCAGAACCAAACGUUUUCGAACCAUCGAAUAAUUUAAGUUACUUAUACCUAAGCCAUAAUCAUCUGACGUAUUUACCAAUGUAUAAAAUUCUACCAAUGCGAAACUUGAUGCUUUUGGAUUUGGAAAUGAAUAAAAUCGAUAUAUUCGACGAGAAUUUCAUGAAGAUUAUUCAAAAUGGCACGAGAAUUCAUUAUUUCGGAAAUUUGUUACAUUGCGAUUGUCACGUUCGACCUCUAAAAAGAUGGUUGAACACAUUCAGCAAAAUGCCUACAGAAUGGUCGAAUGUUACAUGCAAAAGUCCAAGUUAUGUUUCUGAAAAGCUUCUUUCUGAAAUCACGGAAGAUCUGAUGGGAUGUAAUACAGAAGAGAUAUACGAGAACGAACAAUUAGAUAUCACACCCGACGUGAAGUAUCGAAAUAUCGAGUAUGACAAAGAGGAUAAGAGUUGGAAGGCCACGUGGUACGUGACAUCGCGAGAAGACAUCGGUGAUUUUUAUGUAGUAGUACGAGAGUCGGGAAGUAGCAAGUCAACGAUCGAGAAGGACCUCGUUUACAAUGCUAGGUCUUAUAAGAUUCAGGAUUUACCUGUAUCGAGGAGCAAGUACGAGCUCUGCGUACUGGCUAGAGAUUCCGAAGGAAACGUGAAACAUUUCCGAGAAUCGCAAUGUCAGAUUCUGAACGAACAAACUUAUGGUAGAACGGCACAUCUAAGAAGUAGUUUCUCUCUAAUCGCGAUCGUUCUCUUUCUUCGUAUACUCCUUUGAAACUCGUUUGGAGAUAAAUUUUUUCGAUAUACAAAUUUAAAGAAAUUAUUUGUGAAAAAGAUAUUACAUCCUUACGUAUUACAUACGUAACGUUCUUGACAAACAUUAGAGAUUUAGUUACAUUUGAUAUGUUUCUUGAUCCAUGAAAUUUAGAACGUAGUAAUUGCGUAACUUAAAUUAAAAACACACACAUACAUAUUCUCAUACAUAUGUAUCUUAUUGAUUAUAUGUGAAUAGUUAUUGUCGAAGGGUAGAAUUGUACAUAUGAAGGAUCGUGUACGAAUCGAAGGACGUUGAACGUCGGCUAUUUAUUUUUGUAAAAUAUAUAAUUACAAUUAAAUAAUUAUACUAUCUGGUACACUUGUUAUUAGACACUAAGAGAACACCUUUAGUCGAAGAAGAAAAGAGAAGAUAGAAGGGUUCAAAGGUACCGCCUGAACGACUCAAUAGUAUCGAACGCUACAAAUCUAACUUUCUCUCUCUCUCUCUCUCUCUUUCUCUUUCUCUCUCUCUCUCUCUC